CUUCUUCAUACACACAUUCUCUACUCCACUCCACUCCUCUUCAUUCAUUCUUAUUGUGAUGGAGAUAAACACAUACAUAUUCUUUGUGAUAUAUCUAUAUCUAUAUAUGUAUCAGUAUAUUAGACUCAUUUAUUUAUUUCUUUAUAUUGGUUUUGAAUUUUCCCUGCUUCCAUUCCUGCAUUAAUCCCUUCGCAAAUGGCAGGUAUGGGUAUAAGAGAGAGUGUGUGUGGAAGACGAGAAGGGGGGGAGAGGGCUGAUUUUAUUUAGGCUCUCACCACAGAGAUUGUGGCCAUUCGGUCAUUUGAAGAGGAAUCCAGCGGAAGGAUUGUGUCGCCGCAGUAGCAGCAGCAGGGGGAGGCAGGAGGGGGUGGGAGCUUCGAUCCUCGCCUUGCAAGCUUGCAGCAGCUUGGACUUUCGGUGCACGGGGAGCUUCGACAAAGCUGGAAGCAAAAGCAGACGCAGUAGGAGCAGGAGUUUUUGGCUGCUCCUGGGUCUCCUAGGGGAGUGGCUGUUGCAGAUUUGAAGUUCCCGACAGGCGCUCUUAGCGUGGCACCACUGAGUACCGUUUUGUCUCCCCGCAGCAUUGAGGCACCAAGCAUACUGGAAUACAACGCUCGUCAUUAGAUGCAGUAUCUGGAGUUAUACCAGAAUUCGGCAGUACCAAGCUGGGGCCACAAGUUCUGAAUGAGGCGUUUGGUACAACGUUUUAAUUUACCACUGGGACCCCCUCCUUUUACGUCCUUUGUGAAACAGAAGAAUGCCUCAAAAUUGAUUCCCUUCAUACUACCCACUACUGCUUAUUUAGUGCAACCAAGUUUUUUUACAGCAAAUUUGCGAUCUGAGCAGCUUUCUACGCUUCGUGCUAUGGGGUCGCUUCCAGAAUCAAAUGGGAACCUGCGACCCAAGCUUGCUUUUACAGUUCCAACUGUGGGCUCCCGUCAGAAACCAGAUGCGAUGCCUUAUCAGUUUGAGGUCGUUCCAUUGAAGUCUCAGGCGUUGCCGCCAAUUUAUCCAAAGGUAGACAGGGACGAGACGUGUAUAGACAACUUACAUGGUCACGAAGUUGCCGAUCCUUAUCGACCAUUGGAAGAUCCGAAAUCAAAGAUAACUCAAGACUUUGUGGAAAGCCAGGUGCAAUUGACCAAGUCUGUGCUGUUAACAUGUGACACGCAAGAGAUGCUAAGGGAACGAAUUACUGCUAUUUAUGAUUUUCCCAAACAUUCAUGCCCCUACAGGCGGGGAAGCAAAUACUUCUACACUUACAAUAGUGGACUGCAAGCUCAAAGCGUACUUUAUGUGCAGAACAAAUUAGACGAAGACGGGCAAGUGUUGUUGGAUCCGAAUACGUGGAUUCACGAUGGCACUAUUUCCUUGGCACUCACGAGGUUUAGUGUGGAUGCUAAAUACCUGGCCUUUGGACAAAGCGCCAGUGGAAGUGACUGGGUCAACAUCAAAGUGAUGGAUGUGGAAGUUAAAGUUGUGCUACAAGACACCCUUUUAUGGGUGAAGUUCUCAUCCUUGGCGUGGACGCAUGACAAUAGAGGCUUCUUCUAUAAUCGUUAUCCAGAACCUACUAAGGACAGCAUUGAAGACGCAGGCACUGAGACAGAGACAAACCUCUUUCAUGAACUCUAUUAUCACUUUCUUGGAACUGAUCAAUCUGAAGACAUAUUAUGUUGGAGAGAUUCUGAACAUGCCCAAUGGUUAUCUUAUGCAGAGGUUACUGACGAUGGUCAGUACUUGGCGUUAUCUAUUGAAGAGGGUUGCGAUCCAGUCAACAGAUUAUACUACUGCGAUCUCUCCGCUUUGCCUCACGGACUAGAAGGGCUAAGACAAAAUAAUGAACAACUUCCAUUUGUAAAACUCGUCGAUAACUUCGAUGCCCAGUAUGAGCUGGUUGCUAAUGAAGGAUCUAUUUUCACUUUCCUAACCAACAAAGAUGCACCCAGGUACAAAUUGACAAGGGUGAAUGUUGAAGAUCCAUCCUCCUGGAAAGAUGUGGUACCGGAAUCGAAAACUGAUGUCCUCACAUCAGCUGAUCUGGUUAACAAGCAGCAGUUAGUCCUAUGUUAUAUGAGUGACGUUAAACAUCUGCUCAAGUUGCAUAAUCUUCAAAGUGGUGCUAUGCUCCACUCACUACCGCUUGAGAUUGGCUCUGUGGCUGAGAUUUCAGGAAGACCAGAAGAUUCAGAAUUUUUUUAUAGUUUCACGAGCUUUCUCACCCCUGGAACUAUCUACCGUUGUGAUUUGAGCACCGGAACUCCUGACGUGACAGUCCUAAAAGAGACUAAAAUCGCAAACCUGGAUAGGUCAUUGUUCGAGACUCGUCAGGUUUUUGUGCCAAGUAAAGACAAGACCAAAGUGCCUAUGUUUGUGGUUGCACGGAAAGGCCUGGUCUUAGACGGAAAUCAUCCAGCUCUUCUCUACGGGUAUGGAGGCUUCAAUGUCAGUUUGACGCCAUCUUUUAGUGUAUCUCGACUGGUGUUGGCUCAGCAUUUUGGAGCAGUCAUUGCAAUUGCUAACAUCAGGGGAGGAGGAGAGUAUGGGGAAAAGUGGCACAAGGCUGGCUCUCUUGCAAACAAGCAGAAUUGUUUUGACGAUUUCAUUGCAUGUGGCGAGUAUUUGGUAAAAGAGGGUUACACUCAAAGUAAAAAGUUGUGCAUCGAGGGUGGGAGUAAUGGAGGUUUGUUAGUGGCCGCCUGCAUCAAUCAGAGGCCUGAUCUGUACGGGUGUGCCUUGGCACAUGUUGGUGUUAUGGAUAUGCUCCGAUUUCAUAAAUUUACUAUCGGCCAUGCAUGGACUUCAGAUUAUGGUUGUGCUGAUAAUGCAGAGGAAUUCGACUGGCUAAUCAAAUAUUCGCCGUUGCAUAACGUGAAGAGGCCAUGGGAAAAUGGCUCAGAGUCUAUUCAGUAUCCUGCUACCAUGCUUUUAACAGCAGAUCAUGAUGACCGAGUGGUUCCGCUGCAUUCUUUGAAGCUGCUUGCAACAUUGCAAUACGAGCUUUGCACAAGUGUGGAAAACAGCAAGCAGACCAAUCCAAUAAUAGCACGGAUUGACACUAAAGCUGGGCAUGGAUCUGGUCGCCCAACCAAGAAAAUUAUAGAUGAAAUGGUAGAUGCGUACUCCUUUUUCGCAAAAAUGACAGAUUCCAAAUGGGUUGACUGAUAAGGUCUUCUUAUUUCCCUUCUUCCUAGCUCUACAUUGGAGAUUAAUAAGUGUGAUGUUGAGGUAAAGGAAACAAUGUACUGAAAUGCUGGGACAGACUUUUAUUUUAUUCUCACAUGAGAAUUUCAUGCAGCCUUUUAUUUCAUUUACGGUUCUUAUCUCUCUAUUAAAUUUUUAUUAAGGUUCAUUAUUAGCCGAUGGGAAGCUCAUGAUAGUCAAAUGGCAAACUGAACCAGAGGUUGGAUAUUUAUGUAGACAAUCUUAGAAGACAGCAUGAAAGAAAUUUGUCUGACUAUCAAUUUACCUUCUUUAAAUUGAUAGUCAAUGCUCCUGCAUGAGUUGUUAGAUGUGCAUUACUUGUAACCAUGGAAUAAAAGUUCAUUUACUUCUGAAAGUGGUAA